AUGGCGCAGAAGCGGCUAAUGCAAGAGUUGAUACCCCUCCACAAGGAGAAGUGGGUGCACAUUGAGACAGAUGAAGUUAACCUUUUGCGGUGGAAGCUCGGGCUUUGGGUUGUGAACCCUUAUAGUGUUUGGCAUGGAGCGUACCUGCGGGCGGAAAUGAAGUUCUCCAACGAGUACCCGUACCAGCCGCCGACCUUUCGUUUUCUGACUAGGAAUAUCGUUCACCCCAACGUCUACUCGGACGGAAACCUUUGUAUCUCGAUCCUCCAUCGGCCCGGCGAUGAUGAGCAAUCUGGGGAGCUGGCGAGCGAGCGUUGGAACGUGCUCCACGGCGUCGAGUCCGUUCUGCGCUCGGUGCUCCUGCUCAUGGACGACCCUGAGAUCAACUCUGCCGCGAAUGUGGAUGCCAGUGUGCUCUACCGCGAUAGCCGCGAGGAGUACGACGCCCUUGCGAAAGCCUUAGUUGCUAAGACACAAAAGGACGUGCCGGACGGCGUCAUGAUGCCCACCCCCGCGCAGCUGGCGCCCGUGCCACAGAAGCCCGUCGAGGACGACGCCGACUUCUGGAACAUGUCGGAUGUGGAGGACGACUUUGGAGGCAGCGAUAGCGACGAGGACAUGGGCGACUUCGACGACGACGAUGAAGACGAGAUGGACGAAGAGGACAAGCAGUAG